AUGGGAAACACUCCAAGUAGACAUGUUCGUUUGAAUGACGAGAACCCAAAUGUUCCACCAUCGUUGCGCUUCUCUCGAAAGAGGGAAAUGGUGGUGGCCACUGUCUUCGGGAAAACGAGGAAAUAUAUGUGUUUUUCUACUCAGCAUUCCUAUGAAAGGUUCGUGAACUCUAGUCGAAAGAUUAAUACGGAGCGAAAUCUGGCAGAUGACGGCUUGGGCGUGCCAAUUUUUGAGUUUGAGGAUCCACACGCUUUGAAUCGAGUGUUCAGUUCCGAUGGUGUAAGGUUCCGGGUGUACAAGUACGUACUUCAGCAGACCUCUGACCCUUUACCACACCCCAAUAGCGUCGUGGUAAAACAGAACAAAAGCAAGAUCAUUUACAAAAUGCCCUUUUGUGAAAUACACGAGACUGCAAGGGGAACAAGAUCAGGAUUCGAAUACGUCUUUUACACUCCAGAAAUGAACUUUCUGGUGCGGUCGAAAAAACAUCAUGGAAAUUUAAACACGGACUCCAGACUUGGAGACUGGAAUGUCAGGUGGCUCGGUGUCAGCAAUGGCGUCUAUGACCUAGUUGUUUUACCUUCAAGCGUGCCUUCUCUACUAGAGGACAAGGACAUUAGAAAAUCCAAGUAUGCCUCACGGUCCAACACCCGGGAGACUCUGUCAAAUGCAAUAGUGUGGGCCAAACUGUGGGACCAUGGCGAGCCCUUUUUACCUAAAUUGACCAAGAAGUUGGCUACAAUUCAAAUAGGGGAACUGAGCCUUGAGACAGACGCUGCUGCAUAUGGACUUUGUGCAAUUCCUUGGUAUUCUCAAGUGAUAGCUUGCAUGGCAAUGGUUCAAGUCCACAUGCAACAGGAGCAGCGGCGGAAUAACGGUAGAAAUCGUGGAAACACGAUGAAUUUUCAAUCAAACAAUAUUGGAGCACCAUUCAAUAACAUAUUUUGA